AUGGAAGAACAAAUAGCAAGUUGUGCUGCCUUGUGGUCUACUGAAUAUGAUAAGACUGUAAUUGCCAUUUUGAAGAGAGGAAAGACUGGACAGACGCUUAAAAGAGAACACUACCACAUCUUGCAAACUUUUCAGAUUGCCUCCUUUGGUGAAAUAGAAACAGUUAAAAAGAAGAAUGGAAAAUAUAUGGCAACUAAAGAAUCAGUCACAGGAAUUAUCCAACAAGCCCACAUUAACACCGGCCAUGGUGGCGAAAAGAAGACUUACAAGGAGGUGUGUGAACAAUAUGGAAAUAUUCCAAGAUCAAUUGUGUCACUAUAUAUCGUGCAUUGUGAGCGCUGUGUUGAAAAGCGUCGCAGAAAAGAAACGGCAGCAGGAGUUGUAGUCAGACCACUGUCCGUAAGAGAUCUCAAUGAAAGAGGACAAGUAGAUCUGGUCGACAUGCAGACUAUGAAGGAUGGAAGUUAUCGCUUUAUUCUGCACUAUAUGGAGUAUCUAACGAAGUUUCAUGUGAUUCGUCCCCCGAAAUCAAAGACAGCAGCUGAGGUUGCCAAUGAACUUCUUUUCAUCUUCUUGGAUAUUGGUGCACCACACAUCCUUCAGUCUGACAAUGAACGUGAAUUUACAGCUGAAGUGAUCCAAGAACUUGCCUCACUAUGGCCUGAACUCAUCUUAGUAAAUGGGCGUCCUCGGCAUCCCCAGAGUCAGGGAUCUAUUGAAAGAGGUAAUGGGGAUAUGAAACUCAAGCUCAUGGCAUGGAUAAGAGACAAUAAUUGUGCUAAAUGGAGUUAUGGUGACCGUUUUGUUCAGUGGGCCAUGAACAGUUCAUAUCAUGAGGCAAUCAAGAUGACUCCCUAUCAAGCGCUCACUGGCAACAAGCCAAGAUGUGGUCUUAAGUCAAAUUUACCAGAUGCAUUCAUCAGCAAAAUAUCGUCUGGUAUUGGAGAAGAAGAACUUGAAAGGCUUUUAGAAGUUCCACUUACCGGAGAUUCAGCUCGGGAUGACCUAAUAUCAGUAGACCCUGAAUGUGAACGUGAACCACAUCCAGUUGUAGACUCUCAGCAGCAACCUGCUAUGGAACAAGAAAAUAUCUCAACCAAAGUACUGCAUCCAGCAAAACAGGCAAGAAAGGAAGAUGAGUAUGGUCUUCAAAAGCAAGCUCAACGAAUGUUAGCAAGCAGCACUAGAUCAAUGCAAGCAGUUGAUGUUGGAGACAAUGUAUCUGUACCGGUGUCUCAAUUUGACCGUAGUAAAGGAGACCCCCCUAACAUAGUAGGUGUUGUAUUAGCAGUUGAAGACAGUGGUUAUGUGAUUGGCACAAAAAGUGGAAUUAUCAAUGGUAAACUUGCCAGAAAUCAAUUCGAAUUUGUUCAGUACAAAGGACUUUUGCCUGGAAAUAUCUCCAAACAACAGUUGGUUAGGGAAAAUAAGAUUGCAGAGCAUGAGGGUAGUAUGUUUGAGGGAGAUAUUGUUGAUGAUGAUGGAAUAAGUGUCAAUGUAGGUUUAACUUUAUUUGAGGAUCCUCCAGGGACAGGAAACAUUUAUGAUGGCCAGGCCUCCCUUACUUAUGUCGAAUUUGCUAGGCUCAAGGAGGAGCAGUUUGAAGAUUGGUUAAAAAGCCGCCAGGUGGUAUCUUCCUCAUCUUUGAGGGAACUUAUGCUUCUCGAAGAAUUCUAG